AGAACUGGAAUUGGUUGCAGAAUGUCGGUUUUGGUCUUACUCAACAUACAAUGUCCAUUCAGUGUUCGAUACGCUGUUACUAAAGAAACACGUAUUAAGACAUAGUCUUGUUUACUUGGCAUCAUUUUCAGAUUCUGCAAGUCUUCUUCAGUCAAUUUGUUAUUAAAAUUUUAUACUUUUGCUCGAUUUUGCUAUCCGAAAAUCAUGGAACGUACACAAUCAAGCAUUUUUGGCUGGGAAACAGUUGGCAAAGCUAUUGGUUGGAUUGGAAUCGGAUUGAAUGUUGGACUUGGAAUAUUUUGUGUAUCUCUAUUCUGGCUAUUGAACGGGGAAAUUUAUUUGAUUUUUACGCUUGUGAUAUUCUUUCUGAAUUUGAUAGCAAGCUACUACUGGCUCAUUGGCAUUGCUAAGAAGAAGAAGUGGUUAAUGUUGGCUUCGUUAAUUUGGUUCUCGAUUCCUUUGAGUAUUUGGGGUACUUUUAUGUUAUUCAUCUUAUUUGAAGGAAUAUGCCGAAUGUUUGAAGGCAAAAAACCAUUUGUACAGCACGAUUAUCUUGUCUUUGCAAUAACAGCGUUUUGUGUAGUAGCAUACUUUGCCGCCGUACUCAGCUAUAGACCAAUACAAAAACAUUUCCGAACGAAUAGUACCGAAACUCAACGAUUAAAUGUGUCGUACACAGUACAGUCGAGAAAUGAAGAGCUUAUUCAAAAGUGUGCCUGCGAACCGAAUUGUGAUUGUUGCGAACGAAAAGACAAUUCACGUACAAAAUGAAAAUAUAGACUGAUUUGAAUGAGUGACCAACGCAGUUGUAAUGCGUUUCAACGGUUUUGCUCUCUCCGCUUCGCGGUUCUUUGUCCAUUUUCGUCGCAAUGUGUGCAUCUGCCGCUGACAACAUUUACGCGUUUCAACAUCAUUAUCGCGUGCGUUCUAUC